GUAUAUGCAAGUCAAUCGGAGUAAGCAACUUUUUAAUUGAACACUUGGAGCAGCUGAGGGAGGACUGUCAGAUAACUCCACAUGUAAAUCAGGUAGAAUAUCAUCCUUUCCAAAGGCCUCAAGAGCUAGUAGAGUAUUGCCAAAGCAGGAAUAUUGUUUUUGAAGGUUACUGUCCACUAGCUAAAGGUGAAGUUCUUAAUCAUCCCAACGUUGUCCAGCUUGCAAAGAAAUAUGGCAGAACUGCUGCACAAAUCUGUAUUCGUUGGAGCAUCCAGAAUGGCAUAGUCACCAUUCCAAAAUCUACAAAACCAGAGAGAGUACAAGAAAACUGUCAGGUAAAAAGACCAAAUCCCCUUCUGCCAAGUGUACUUACUUAGCAUCAAAUAUUUAACAUGUAGAACUAUUUUUUUUCCUUUUUUGCUUACAGAAUUUGAAUAAUACUAUUUCUGUAAACCUAAAUUUAGCCAAAUUAAUCCAAAUUAAAUUACCUUGUGAGAUGA